CAUCCUCUUUCUCGUGGUCCUCCGCCAUCUUGUAAAAGGAAGUUUUCAAGCGGAGCCAUGCAGAUCUUCGUGAAAACUCUGACGGGGAAAACUAUCACACUUGAGGUUGAACCUAGUGACUCUAUUGAGAAUGUCAAAACAAAGAUCCAAGACAAGGAAGGAAUUCCACCUGACCAGCAAAGAUUGAUUUUUGCUGGUAAACAGCUCGAAGAUGGACGCACUCUUAGUGAUUAUAACAUCCAGAAGGAGUCCACUCUUCAUCUUGUGCUUCGACUGAGAGGAGGAGCAAAGAAAAGAAAGAAGAAGAACUACACAACCCCCAAGAAGAUCAAGCACAAGAAGAAGAAGGUCAAGCUGGCAGUGUUGAAAUACUACAAGGUCGAUGAGAAUGGAAAGAUCACUCGUCUGCGGCGGGAGUGUCCAUCAGAGUCCUGUGGGGCUGGAGUGUUUAUGGCCAGUCACUUUGACCGCCAGUACUGUGGCAAAUGUUGUUUAACAUAUGUGUUUAGCAAGGCACAGGAAGGCAAAUAGAUGUCAAAUAAAAUAAAACCUUGAAUUUCCAUA